CUCUAAUCACCUAUAAAGCGGACAAACCUCAGCCGUCUGGGGCUGUGACCGCGCGAAGAAGAGUACUCUGCGACAUUCAGCAACCGUGACGCCAUCGGGCGAGUCAGAUCGUCGUCCCGCCGGUCUCCAGUUUCAUUCAUCCCUAGCUAUAUAUGAUUGCAGCAAGUCACGCAAUGGAAGUGGAGUCAAGAAAUUCGCUAAGCAAUUUCCCAGAUGCCAUUCUUCACCAUAUCUUAUCUUUCCUCGAAGUUAAUGACAUAGCAAGACUUAGAGCCUUGUCUAGAAGGUUCCAAGCUUUAUGCAUUUCCGCCCCCUCUCUCUCCUUCUCCCAACCUCAUCAUUCUCCUAACUGCUCAUGCCUACAUGUCUUCAAUUUUAUGAACACCCUUUCCCGACAACGUCCUCGUGCUUUGAAAAUUAACCAACUUUCUUUCUCAUCUUUCUGUACGAAACGCAAACACCGUAAGCUUCACAAGCAGUGGAUCCAUAAAUUAUUUCAAGCUUUUCGUAUCGACAAACUCUCUCUUGAUUACCAGUUACCUUCAAUCUUCACAAGCCUCUCUAGAUUUCAGUCCUUGAAAGUUCUUAAACUAAUUAUGAGUUCAUGCUUCUCAGUGAAGCUUCCUGAGAUGAAGCUUGCUUCUCUUGAAGCUCUUCACUUGGAGGGGAUUGAAACCGAAGACUCAGUUGGCGCGUGGGUUUCUCAGAGUUUCCCGUCCUUAAAAAGUUUAUUCCUCAGAGAAGUCAAUAUGGCGGGCGUCUCAACAAAACAACUAGACCUUACAAUACGAAGUUCAUUUUUGGAGGAUUUAACCAUUCAUGAUUGCUGCAGCUUUAAACCUGUGAGGAUCAUCACCGACAAUCUACGAGCCCUGAGUUACAUCAUUUGCUAUAGUGACUCUGGUCGCUGCAUUCAUAAUAGGUUGAAUAUGGAUGAGAUUGUAGUUGAAGUCUCUGCGCCUAAUCUACAAAGCCUUAUGUGGGAAGGCGCUCCUACAAAGCUUUGUUAUGAUAGAAGGACAUUCAAGAAUUUGCAUGUUGCCACUAUCACUAAUCUGAGGGUCCAGAAUUUGAGUUUAGUCAAACAGUUAUUUGAAGCUAUACGUUGGGCCAGAAUACUACACACAGAUACGGAUACACUUGAGCUUUUAGAUGGAACGUCACCCAUUUCAUUUGGAAACGUUAGCUACCUUGAAAUACAAGUUGCCCGGUACUUUCUUGAGGAUGAUGUUCGGGAUGUUCUAACUACUUCUUUGGAAAGAAUAUCAAAUUUGGAAACUCUUACCCUUGCCCUUAUAAGCGAUCCUUUUGAGGAUUCUGACGAGGCACCCGAUCCAUUUAGCUUUAAGGAUGUAUUAAGGAAGUGUAGGAAAACUAAAUGGAAGAAAAUAAAGGGAUUGAAGAAAGUGAAGUUAAGAAUAAGAAACAUGUACCACUCUAUGGCUUUUCUAAUGGGGAUGUUGAAGAAAUCGUGCGUGGACAUGGAAGAGAUGACACUUAUUUACCCAUCUUGUUAUCACAAAUAUUUGAAGCUUUAUUUGAAUUGUUUGGAGAGUGCUUCUCCUGCAAUUUCAAUUAAUUUAUGCCCACCUAAUCGAAAGAGAUGUCGAUCACAAUACGACAGUCUUGACUCUUUGAAGAAGCCUUCACGACUCUGUCGCCAAGAUGAAGAUAAUGAGUAG